AUGGCACCAAAGUCUUCAAGCAAAACCGGAAAGAAAACCAUCUCCUGUACUCAAGGUCAGGGUGAAUUAGUUUUCAAUGGAGGUUAUUUAGGAUUAUCAGGAGAAAUUGUAGAAAAAUUUUGUGAAACUUUUAAGACACAUAUCGAUAAGCAUGUCCCAAAGGAAUUUCAGAAAAAGAAGGACGAUCGAGAUAAAACCUCUCAUCACCAUAUUACGUUAAUGUUGAAAGAAGACGUCAAAAAAGCUUUAGAUGCCUUACCGAAUGCAUUUCCUGAUUUUUUACCUCCAAAUGCGACUGCAGAAUCGUUGAAUAUUGAACAUUUGUUGGAUGUGAUGGCCCAAAAUUUGAAUUUUUCGGAAAUGAAAUGUCUUGGAAUUGGAAGACAAGCCAAAGGUUCUGAUGAGACAUUGUUUUUGGUUGUGGAAUGGCCAAGUGCCAAUUCCUUUUUACAAAAGGUUAACGCAACUAAAAGAGAUUUUCAUGUCACAUUAGGAUUCAAAGACAAGGAUAUACAUGGUGUUGCAAAGAAUUAUACAACUUUAUUGAAACUUGAAUAA